CGGCCGCACCCCUGGUUACUCUCCCUGCGCGGCGCUGCUCACGUAAGUUGGCGUUUUGGUUCGCUAUGGCUCGUACAAAGCAGACUGCCCGCAAGUCGACCGGUGGCAAGGCCCCGCGGAAGCAGCUGGCCACCAAGGCGGCUCGCAAGAGCGCGCCGGCCACGGGCGGCGUCAAGAAGCCGCAUCGCUACCGGCCGGGUACCGUGGCCCUGCGGGAGAUCCGGCGCUACCAGAAGUCGACCGAGCUGCUGAUCCGCAAGCUGCCGUUCCAGCGGCUGGUGCGCGAGAUCGCGCAGGACUUCAAGACGGACCUGCGCUUCCAGAGCUCGGCCGUGAUGGCGCUGCAGGAGGCGAGCGAGGCCUACCUGGUGGGGCUGUUUGAAGACACGAACCUGUGCGCCAUCCACGCCAAGCGCGUGACCAUCAUGCCCAAAGACAUCCAGCUGGCUCGUCGCAUCCGCGGGGAGCGGGCUGUUGGGGCUCUUUUCCAGCGUCUUUGUGCUCCACUGUGGCCCACGAUUGUAACUGUCUCGGGAGCAAGGCGGCUGAGACCCGCGCACAGAUUAGACCUUCUCACCGGUGCCCGAAAGGUCUCCGGGCGCUUGGCUCCCCCGCUCCGGAGGGAUACCGCCACCCGGGUCCUGGCCCACUUCUGCCGAGUAAAGUGCGGCAUUUCAUCGCUUCAGGUGUCAAAUCAACUGGAGGGUUUGUUAAAAUAUGAAUUGCUAGAUCUCACUUCCCAGAGUUUCUCAGGCAACAGGUCUGGAGUUUUGCAAAUUCGGGGUCCAAGAUUUUGGAUUUCUAGCAAUUCCCAGCGCGUAGACCACGUCCAUGGCAGUGACCGUCUUGCGCUUGGCGUGCUCCGUGUAGGUGACUGCGUCCCGAAUAACAUUCUCCAGAAACACCUUCAACACGCCUCGGGUCUCCUCGUAAAUGAGGCCGGAAAUGCGCUUGACUCCCCCACGCCGAGCAAGGCGCCGAAUGGCCGGCUUAGUGAUGCCUUGGAUGUUAUCUCUCAAGACUUUGCGGUGGCGCUUGAUACUAUGGCGCGUACGAAGCAGACUGCCCGCAAGUCGACCGGUGGCAAGGCCCCGCGGAAGCAGCUGGCCACCAAGGCGGCUCGCAAGAGCGCGCCGGCCACGGGCGGUGUCAAGAAGCCGCAUCGUUACCGGCCGGGCACCGUGGCCCUGCGGGAGAUCCGGCGCUACCAGAAGUCGACCGAGCUGCUGAUCCGCAAGCUGCCGUUCCAGCGGCUGGUGCGCGAGAUCGCGCAGGACUUCAAGACGGACCUGCGCUUCCAGAGCUCGGCCGUGAUGGCGCUGCAGGAGGCGAGCGAGGCCUACCUGGUGGGGCUGUUUGAAGACACGAACCUGUGCGCCAUCCACGCCAAGCGCGUGACCAUCAUGCCCAAAGACAUCCAGCUGGCUCGCCGCAUCCGCGGGGAGCGGGCUUAAGGCGUACUUUUAAAAACAGACGAUCUAAAGGCUCU